GAAUAGUUAUGCAUGAAUAAAGUGAAAAAUUGUCUCAAAAUGGACAGGACAGACAGACUGUGUGGGAGUUUUUAUAAAGAGAAAUGCUUAUGUAAGGAAUUUGAACGAGAUAAUCAAUGGACUCCUCUUGUAGCGAAACAAACAAAUUAUUGUAAAAAAGUUCUAAUAGGAAAUUGGUUUGAAGAUUCUUGUGACUACAAGAAAAACAAAUACAAUCACAAAUCCGAAUAUGAAUGUCAGUAUGGAGAAAAACCAAAUACGACGCACCCUCGCUCUGUUAUUUGGGAUACUACUUUAAAGAAUCAGAGCCAUGAUGUUAUUUGUGGGAAUGAACCAGAUAAAAGUACUGGGAGUUACAUGUCUUCCUACUAUUUAUCUUAUCAAUUACUACCGUUGCUGGCACAUAAUAAAGAAAUAAAGUUACCUAAUCAUCCUCGUGUGGGAAGAAUGCCAAAACAUGAGGAACAAUUUAAGAAUUACGGUAAUCAAUGUAAUUAUGGUCUUGGACAAUAUAAAAAAUCCAUUUGGGAGUUUGAACAGAACGAUCCUAGAAAAACAGCAGAAACAAUAAAUGAGUCGGUUUAUCCAAAGCCAACAAAUGAAUAUUAUACAUUUUACAGAUGGAUUCGUAGAAAACCCCAAAAAGGAAAAUACGGCGAUGAAUAUGUUCCUGUUCCACCGAAUCAUCCUCGACUGUCUAAAUGUAAUCCUCUAACUUGGAAUUGCUAAUAGAGUAGAAAAGAUUGUUCGAUAUAAAAAUCUUACAUUAUACUGUAAACCUAUACGAAAUAA